AUCCCGGCAUCUAAUUAUACUUUGACUUUACGGUUGAAAAGGACAACAGAUAAUAUUUUUAAAAAAUCUGAAAAGGAAAAUUAUGGUGCUCCAGCUGGGUUUCUUUAACCGCUUUCUUUACAAUUUUUGAAAAGAAGUCUAGCCAGGCAAAAUACGUUGGUAGCAUUUGUUUUUGUUGUUGUGAUCGUAACCUUCAAAACUUAAGCUGCUCCGUCUGCUACUUGUCAUGUUUUAGUACUGUCUUUCCCUUUCGGUAAACCAACGCUGACGUAUCGUAAUUAUUCUUUAUUCGCAAAAAUUUUUUACGAGUGUUUGUGACAAGUCAAGACAAUGACUGAGCUUGAAGAUUUAAACUUGGCCCGUCUACGACUGGUUGAAGCUUUAGGUGAUCAAUCUCCGAGAUAUUUUGAAAGAAUGAAACAGUGGUUCAAAAUGAAGAUUUCCAAAGAAGAAUUUGAUUUAGAAUCUCGCAAGCAGUUAUCAAAAGAACAGAUUCACCUACACAAUCAAUUCUUGUUGUGUUUAUUUGACAAAUGUCAAGGGUUAGCAAACAUGUCCCGCUCUAAAGCCAUAGGAACUCAGGCAACAUUCCCUUCUGCUCCUUUACUUGUAGAGUCUGACUCUGCCAUGUCUCCCACUGAUAGUGCAAAACGGACUAAAUUGGGCAAAAAGAGGCAUCACUCUGAGCGAACAGGAUUUGAGCCAGUGGAAGUAGUGGAUUAUCUUCCAUCCUUGCGACCUCCCUCUUAUCAACCCACUGAUGAGCCUCAGAGGAAUUGUGCUUAUGAGCUGUUUUUACCUGACCAAGCUUUCCUAAUGGGUCGCCUAAUGCUAGCAGCUUGGGAAAGUGGCUUAGAGGGAGCCAAUGACUCAGCUGCAGAUUUUCUUGUUUGUGCAGUACAGCAUUUUUUAAAGACAAUAAUAGUUGCAGUAGUCAGUCAAAGAAGUAGUUUUAAAACAAAUGCAAAGCACUUCAUACACGGCAUGGGAUCCCCAGUACCCAACCCCUGGCUGAGAAAUACAGCCCACAUCACUGCUCCAGAUGGACCAACAGAGGUUUUAGCUAUGCAUGAAGACACAAUUGAUUUCUGGGGAGUCAAAAGAGAGGAAGAUAGCAACGAUCCAGUCCAUUUGAUGAGGUUGCGAGAAUCUUACGACGAGGCUGAAGAUCGCAAAGCUCUUGAAGCUGCAUGCAGUUCUCAAAAUACUAGAUAUGUUGGUCCCCCAAUUACGGCUUGGAAUCUCUUAAGUGCUUUACAGACUCACAGGAGUUCUGUUAUGUCUCAAACAGUAUAUUCGAUAAAUGUAGAACGAAUUUUAACCAAACUAAACCAUCCUAGCUGGGAUGAUGAGGAAGCAGCUUUAGCUAGGAGUGGUUGUAGUACAUCUAUUUAAAUUCAUGUUGCAGGUUUUAUCAAUACCUAUAAUUUCUUUACUGUCUAUGGUUUCAGACAUUUAAUCAUACAGGUCUUGUGUCUAUAACAAUAUUGUUGGUUACUACCAUAAUAAUAAUAUAAUUCAUCCAUUAA